ACCAAAUCGUUGUGUAUACGUCGAAGCGAAAACGAGGAUAAAGCGCCAUAUUGUUUAUAUUUUCAAGAAACUUGAGGCUUGAAGUGAUUUUACAACAAAACUUUCAAGAUGCCGCGUAUUAUGAUUAAAGGUGGCGUGUGGAGAAAUACAGAGGAUGAAAUUCUCAAAGCAGCUGUUAUGAAAUAUGGCAAGAACCAAUGGGCAAGAAUUGCGUCUUUACUGCAUAGGAAAUCUGCAAAACAGUGCAAAGCUAGAUGGUUUGAGUGGCUGGACCCCAGCAUUAAGAAGACAGAAUGGAGUCGAGAGGAGGAGGAGAAGUUGUUACAUUUGGCCAAGCUGAUGCCCACCCAGUGGAGAACCAUUGCCCCUAUCGUAGGGAGAACAGCAGCCCAGUGUCUUGAGCACUAUGAAUAUCUCCUAGACAAAGCCCAGAACAGAGAUGACAGCGAGGGUGACCCCAGGAAGCUGAAGCCGGGUGAAAUUGAUCCAAAUCCGGAAACCAAGCCAGCCAAACCAGAUCCCAUUGACAUGGAUGAAGAUGAACUUGAGAUGCUGUCUGAAGCAAGAGCACGUUUGGCCAACACACAGGGCAAAAAAGCAAAACGGAAAGCUAGAGAAAAACAGCUGGAAGAAGCAAGACGUCUGGCUGCGCUGCAGAAAAGAAGAGAACUGCGGGCAGCAGGGAUUGAAAUAAAGAAACAGAAGAAAAAGAAAAGAGGAGUGGACUACAAUGCUGAAAUUCCUUUUGAGAAGAAGCCUGCUCCAGGGUUCUAUGAUACAUCCGAAGAAGUUUACGUGGCUGAGGAGCCCAACUUCAAACGACUGCGUCAACAGAAUUUGGAAGGAGAGCGCAGAACUGAUAAGGAGGAGCGGGAUAGAAAGAAAGAUAAACAGAAACAGAAAAAGAGAAAAGAAAACGAUUUGCCAGGAGCUAUUGCAAGUCAGAGCAAUUUUCAAGAACCAGUGAAGAAGAGAAGUAAGCUUGUUUUACCAGCUCCACAAAUUUCAGAUCAAGAAUUGGAGGAGGUCGUAAAAGUAGGUCAGACAAGUGAGUAUGCCCGGCAGCAGGCGGAAGAGACCGGAGGAGGUAACACGGCCAGUCAGGCCCUACUACAGGACUACAACGUCACCCCGGGGGUAGCCAACCUGCGAACCCCCCGCACACCUGCUCAGCAAGACACUGUGCUACAGGAGGCUCAGAAUCUGAUGGCCCUCAGUGUGGUGGAUACUCCACUGAAGGGAGGACUGAACACGCCCCUCGUUGAGUCGGACUUCAGUGGAGUCACCCCCAAGCACGCUGUAGCACAGACCCCCAACACUGUACUAGGGACCCCCAUGCACACCCCAGGAGGACAAGGUAUGACUCCGAGAGGAAUGACCCCCAGGAUGGGAGUGGCUGGACAGACCCCGCUCCGUACCCCGGCCAGGGACAAACUGAACAUCAACCAGGAAGAGGACUUUGAUGCUCCAAUCAACGACAAGUUCUAUCAGAAAGACAUGAAGGAGCAGCUACGCCAGGGUCUGGCUGGUCUGCCGCGCCCCAAGAACGAUUACGAAAUUGUGGUGGAAGACCUCGGGGAAGACAUGGACGAGACGAAUGAGGGGGAACAGUUUAUUGCUGAUCAGGCGGACCUCGACGAACAGUCGGAGGCUGAACAGUUGGCCAAACGACAGAAGGAGAUGAGACUACGGUCACAGUCUGUACAGAGGGACCUGCCCCGCCCCGCUGACGUCAACAAUCACAUCCUGAGGGUCACAGGCCCCGGGGACCCACCCAUCAACGAACUCCAGAGGGCUGAAGAGUUAAUCAAGAAGGAGAUGUUGGUGAUGCAGCAUUUUGAUGCUGUACACACACCCACUCCUGGACAGCUGGGUAUGGGACCAGGCAAGAAGAACCAGAAAAAUGUCACCUCACAGGCUCAGCAUCUGUCCUAUCUACAGCAGCAUCCGUACGAUAAGUUCACGGAGGACGACCUAGAACAGGCCAAGAAGCUGCUGAAGAAGGAGAUGGGGGUGGUGAAGGUGGGAAUGAACCAUGGCGACCUGUCCCUGGAGUCCUACUCCCAGGUGUGGGAGGAGUGCUACUCCCAGGUACUCUACCUCCCCUCCCAGAACCGCUACACCCGCGCCAACCUGGCCAGCAAAAAGGACAGGAUCGAGUCCCUCGACAAACGACUAGAGGCGAACAGAAAUAGUAUGACCAAAGAUGCUAAACAAGCAGCUAAGCUGGAGAAGAAGCUAAAGAUCUUGUUAGGCGGUUAUCAGUCAAGAUCUCAGGGCCUGGUAAAGCAACUCAAUGAUCUGUAUGAACAAAUAGAACAGACAUUCGUAGAGUUCAAAACCUUCGAGGACCUCAGAAAACACGAGAUUGGAGCCAUACCAAAACGAAUGGAGUCCCUAACUGAGGAUGUACAGAGACAAAUGGAGAGAGAAAAAGAGCUACAGAAGAAAUUUGGAGAAAUGCAAUACAAGAAAGAUGUUCUGAUCUACGACAGCUGAUGAUCGGAACCAUCAUGUGGCAACACCUCACUGAUGCGACAAUGCUGUGGUGACAUGUCUGUGUAACAUGUGACAUUGCUGUGGUGACAUGGCCUACGAAAUGUGAAUCUUUUUGACUUCAAAUCCAGAACAGAUAUCAUACAUGUACAUCUUAAUCUAAUGUUUUGUAAUAAAAAUGUGAUUAUUUGUAUAUUGAUGGGACUUUUUUCACUCAAAUUUGGUGAAAAUGAUAUGAUUGCAUUCUGUGAAAGAAUGCUCUACCUUCAUUGUUAUAACAUUAUCCAUACUUUGCAAAGCAAAUAAAGUGGAUCCUUUUUUA